GCUAUAAAGAUCCUCCCACCUUCUAAUGUGUGAGUGAGAGAGGGAAUGGGAAUGGCAAAGGCAGCUCCAUUAAUUCUACUGCUUGUCUCAACAGCCAUGGCGAUUCAAUUGGUACUGCAGAGCACCGUUGCAGAGCCCAAAGAAGUUGACGAAUGGCUCCAAAACCUCCAAACCUCCAAACAGACGGUCUCCCGCCUCCAUUUUUACUUCCAUGACACGCUAUCGGGGAAACAGCCGAGUGCAGUGCAAGUAGCCCAAGCACCAAACACCGACAAAUCGCCCACCUUUUUUGGAGGUGUUUUCAUUUUUGAUGACCCACUGACGGAAGGACCCGAGCCCACUUCUGGACUCGUGGGUCGGGCACAGGGGCUCUAUGGGUCGGCUUGCCAGCAAGAACUGGGUCUACUUGUAGCCAUGACCGUUGUUUUCACUACUGGGAAGUUUAACGCCAGCAGCCUUACCAUUUUGGGAAGAAAUGCGGCUCUGCAGCAGGUCCGUGAGAUGCCCAUCAUCGGCGGGACUGGUGUUUUCCGAUUGGCACGUGGAUUUGCCAUCGCAAACACACACUCUGUUGAUUUCACAAGCGGUGACGCUAUUGUGGAGUACAAUGUUGUGGCUAUACAUUAUUGAGCUGUAACAAUGGAGUCUCUCCAGUAGAGCAUAGUGCUUAUUUUCCACCUUUUUUUUUUUUUUAAAAAAAAAUUUUUUUGAGCUGUAACAAUGGAGUCUCUCCAGUAGAGCAUAGUGCUUUUUUUUCACCUUU